CCCAUUCUUCGCGUAGCUGUUCGCUUGAAACUUACCAUGGCUUGUGGCAGCUUAAAUUGCUAAUUUUCUGUGUUAUUUGUUCGUGAUGGCUUCACUCAAAGUGAAAGAAUUGUUGUGUUUGCUGUACUCAGCCUUGUUAUUUAUUUCAGGUGUGUUAUUAAUAGGGUUUUCUGUUGUUCUUCUCUAUAAAGUGAUACAUCAUUUUAAAUUCAUCCCUUCGAGUGCGAUUGGCCCUUUCAUUAUCUAUUUUUUGCUCGGGUUUGUUCACCUUUUCCUCACCUGGUUGGGAGUUAAAGGGCCGUCUCGCGAGCAUGACGUCCACAUUAUUUUGUUUAUGGUCAUUACUGUAAUUUUACUGGUUGCGGAAUGUGCAGUGGGAGUCUGGUCGAUAAUCCUCUGGGAUGAAGUCGACAUCGAAUCGCUACAUUUGAUGCAGAAAUCCUUCAACGAUUUACUCAACAACGAUUACGAUAAGAAAGAUUGGGCCCGAAUGGAGUCGGAGUUAAAGUGCUGCGGAUUCGAUGGGGCUAAAGCGUACGAGAAAAAGAACGUUUUGCCGCUCUCUUGCUGCAACAGCGGGCUGCAAAAUUCCACCUGUACGGAAAUAUACCAAAUGGGGUGUCAGAAACCGCUGGCCAGCUACGCGAAGAUUUUAUUGAUUGAUGCCGCCAUCAUGGGUUUCUCCUGUUGCGUUUUUCAAGCUCUGGGCGUGUUUCUCUUUUACACGUUUUUCCGAACUUUGAAAGUCGAACGUUCGGCUAGGGUCCAGAGGAGGCUUGCCAUGCAGAGGAGGGUGUCUCAGGAGAACGGGAGUGCUAACCCCACUCCGUCGUCUCCACCGCCCCCAGCUUCGGCUUGACGAGAUUUUAUAUAAGUUUACAAUUUUAUAGCGUUUUUUAAGCACAAUGUGCCUUAUUUACCUAACAGAAUAUGUACUUAAUUUGCACCUUAUGACGUUUUUAUUUUGUAUUUUUUAUAUUUUAUUUUGUUUUUUGGAUAAAUAAAACCACCACUUUAAAUGUG